UAUUCUGAAAUCAAGGUCAUUCACUCCGUGUGUCGUCGCUCUCCGCCACCGAUCGCCCAGAACCGGGACAGUGUCACCUCGCAUGAACGGAGGGCUCCUGCAGACAGCACCGCACAGUCCGCCGCCGCGAUGAGGCUCCGUUUGGCCGGAGCCGUGCUGCUAUCGGCGGCCGCCUACUACGUCUACGUGCCGCUGCCGAGCGGCGUGAGCGAGCCGUGGAAGCUGAUGCUGCUGGACGCGCUGUUCCGGAGCUUCAUGCAGGCGAGCGACGUGGCUCACGCUCUGGGCGUGUGCCAUCGGGUUCACCUGUUGAACCGCGUGGUGUCCUGGGUGGAGGUGAUCGAGGCUCGCUCCUGCCCCGCCGUGCACGUGACCGACUCCGAGCUGGGCGGCGUGCCCGCCCGAGUCUUCCAGCCAAAGGGGGGGAAGCGGCUGAAAAGGGGAGUGUUGUAUUUCCACGGAGGAGGAUGGGCCCUCGGGAGCGGACGGAUGCGAUCGUACGACCUUCUGUGUCGGAAAAUGGCUGAGGACCUGGACUCCGUCAUCAUGUCCGUCGAUUACCGCCUGGCUCCAGAGGCGGUGUUCCCGGACCAGUACCACGACGCGUUAGCGGCGUCACGGGCUUUCCUGUCCUCUCCGGUUUUGGAGCGCUACGGCAUCGAUCCGCAGAGGGUGUGUGUGUCUGGAGACAGCGCCGGGGGAAACCUGGCUGCCGCUGUCGCACAGGAGCUCAGCUCAGAUGACAGCAUCAAGGUGAAGUUCAAGGUCCAGGCGUUGAUCUACCCCGUGCUGCAGGCGCUCGACUUCUACACCCCGUCCUACCAGCAGAACCAGGCCGUGCCCAUCCUCUACAGGCCGUACAUGGCUCGUUUCUGGCUGCAGUACCUGGGCGCCGACCCCUCCCUGGAGCCCCUCCUGCUGGCUAACAACCACAGCUCCCUGGACCAGCCGGCCAUCGGCGCCAACAUCCGCUCCAAGCUGAACUGGAGAGCGUUGCUCCCGGCCGAACGCAGGAAGCACUACCGGCCGGUGGUCAAAGAAACGGGAUCGCUGGGGGUGAUGGGCAAAGUGCCGCAGCUGGUGGACGUGAGGGCGGCGCCGCUGCUGGCGGAUCAGGAGGUUCUGGGCAGGACGCCUAAAGCGUACGUGAUGACCUGCGAGUUUGACGUCCUGAGGGACGACGGGUUGAUGUAUGUCAGACGCCUACAGGACGCCGGCGUCGCGGUGACCAGCGAUCACUACGAGGACGGCUUUCACGCCUGCAUGGUGUUCGCGUACCUGCCGAUGAUGUCGAGCGUUGGACGGAGGAGCAUGAACAACUACAUUGACUGGCUGGACCAGAACCUGUAGACGGUCGAACCACUCCAGAUCCAGGACCUGUGUGGUCCAUUUACGGCAACAAAGAUGUCCUGGAGAAUAAAAGUCUGGAUCUCCAGAGAUUUAGGGGUUAGACGGGCAAAAAAUCUUCCUUGAGAACCUCGUUUUUUUGCACCCAAAAAGCUCAGAGUAUCCUUUAUAGCAUUUUAUGAAGCAGUGUGGAUGUUCCUCACUGAACCCUGAGACCAAAAUCAAAUGCAACCAAAGAGAGUGUCGCUGUCACACUUUUAUCAAAGGCCAUAAAUCCGAUGAGAGUUUAAACAUGCUUCAACAUGAGUCUUAAAUUAUAAAUGAUCACCAAAACAACACACAGGUCGUUGUUUAAGCUUAAAACUCAAAUUCUCCUCAGUUAGCUGACUAAAACAGGGUUGGACAAGUCAGUUCAUCCCACCUACGGGCAGUUUAGUCAUCGAUUAACCUGUUAAAGGUCCAGUGUGUCACAUUUAGGAGGACGUGCUUUAGUGUUUGAUCACCUGAAAAUAAUAAAAACGCGAGUCCUCUCACGUGGAAAGUCGAAUCCUCUGAAUCCUACACACUGGAGCUUUAAAGCGCAUGACAGCAACAUGAGAUUCGAACCAGGAACCCUUCUUGCUGUGAGGCGAUGGUGCGAACCACUGCACCACCGUGCCGCCAUGUAACGAUUGCUCCUCAAUCACAAAACAAAACGCAUCUAAAGUGUGCGUUAUCUGAUUUGGAGAACCCUGACAUGGUGUUUAUCUGCUCCAGUUAUCACUGUCUGAGCUUUUCACCGUAAACUGAGACGACUUCUGGCGACAUAAAGUCAUUUAAACUUAAAAUAGCCUCCGUUAAAAAACAAAGAGCUCCUGAUCCGACGAGCUUCAGAGGUCGAAGUCGCUCUUCAAGUUAUCUUCAGCUUUUAUUUUUUUUAUGAUGCACUGAAGCAGUCGCAGCUCACACACACACACACACACACACACACACACACACACACACAGAAAACAGGCCAGUCAAGGUUAACAGUGUGUAUGAGAGUGCGUGUGUGUGUGUGUGUGUGUUUUUAAAAGUAUGCCAGAGUUCACAUCUGUGUACACUCACUGGAUUGUGCAAUAUUUAAUGUUUGAAAGUCUCCCUCGCUCUCUGAUGACCACUGUACUGCAGGGCCAAUGCAAUGAUGAUGAUGAUGAUGAUGAAGAAGAUAGCUGUGAAUGCGUGAAUUACUGUAUCGCCACGAGAGACACACGAGAUCCCAAACGGACUAUCGUGUUUCCCAACCCCCACCGCUGCUGCUGCUGCUGCUGCUGGCCCGAAACGAAUAUAAUGAACCGACGACAGCGAGCGUCAGACAGACUUCUUUGGCUCUCGGCCCGAAAAACUCGCAGAGCCAAAACGCUGAGCACCGAGUGUGGCCAUCACAGGGCUUCACGUUAUUCAAAAAAAAAAAAAA